GAUAAAGAUAAAUAUCUUCAGUUAUUCGAUACUAUAUCUUCUCAAGUGCAACAACAUGUUUGCAUAAAAAAGAGACAAUUUCAUAUUAUUGAUAAGGCUGUAUAUAAGUUGUUUUUAAAUUUUCAUUCUCAGAAUGUUCCUGUUUCUCAGAACAUACUCAAAACCAAAGCACUUUUUAUAUAUGAACAGCUUAAAGAUAGUGGUAUAGAAUUUUCUUCUACAUUUUAG